AUGGCUCCAAAGAAGGCAAAGAAGGUGAUUGUGGAGAGAACUAAGAAGGAGGUUGUGAAAGAAACUGUUGUUGCUUUAUUUCAAAGCAGCCAAGAAGAGCAGACCCAAGAUGAAGCAGAGGAGGAUGUUGUUGAAGAACAUCCUUUUAGGACCAUUCCUGUUCAAGGGAAUACACAAGAGGAAGAUCAUGAUGUUCAAGUUACUAUAGAAAUGCCUAACAAGCCUCCCAUUACAAGGUCUCAAUCAAAGAAACAAAAAGAAGAUCAGGAACAGAGCAAGACCAAGGAAACAGAACAGACUGGACAGGAUACCCAACACGAUACCGUUUCAAUGGAGACGCCAAAUAAUAGUGAAGAGAAGGAUAGCAUGACCCGGGAAACAGAAGAGACUGCUGAGGAUACCCAAAACGAUGCCGUUUCAAUGGAGGAGGCAAAGGUAACAAGUCUUCAGCAAGAAGAAGAAAAACAGAGUGAGACCCAGGAAACAGAAGAGACCGCUGAGGAUACCCAAAACGAUGACGUUUCAAUGGGAAUGGGGAAGGCAAAGGUAGCAAGUGUUCAGCAAGAAGAAGAAAAACAGAGUGAGACCCAGGAAACAGAACAGGCUGCAGAGGAAACUCAAAACGAUAUCGUUUCAAUGGGGAAACAAAAGGAAUCGACACCCACAACUCUUCAAAAGGAAGAAGAAAAACAGAGCAAGACACAAGAAAGGAAGGAGGGUGAAAAGACAGACAAGCCCCAAGAAGGGAAGGAGAACAGAAGAAAAAGGAAGACGAGAAGAACGCAGAUAUUGUGGGCACAAGGAUACAGAAGGUAUGUGUUUAAGGUACUGAAGCAAGUUCAUCCUGAAGUGAUGAUUUCAUCUAAAGCAAUGACAGUGAUCAAUGGAAUGAUGAAUGAUAUGUUCGAACGAAUUUCUGAUGAGGCAGCUAGACUAUCCAAGUAUACCCACAAAAAGACUCUGUCUUCAAGGGAGAUUCAAGGGGCAGUGAAGCUGAUCUUGCCUGGAGAGUUGGGGAAGCAUGCCAUUUCUGAGGGUGGUAAAGCUGUCAAUAAUUAUACCUCCUAUGACGCUAGAAAGUCCAAGUCUUAGCACCCAUAUUUGGAUAUAUUGUAUCGGGUGAUGUUAGUUUGGUAGUUUAAUUUCGUUCUUGCUCCUUAGAUUUUGAUUUUAUGUUAUUUUCUCAACUUUAGAGGGGCAAGAUAGGCGUGGUUUUGGCAUCCUCUGUUGAC